GAAACUUUUAAAACCCCGUGCUCUAGGGUUCAUUCCUCCGCGCCGCCACCUCCCCCCACUUCCCACCACCACCUUCCUCGGCGACCGGCGGCGGCGACAAUGGUGCAGGGACGCCAGGGCCAGCGCGUCAGGCUCUACGUGCGGGGCACCAUCCUGGGCUACAAGAGGUCCAAGUCGAACCAGUACGAGGGCACGUCGCUGCUGCAGGUGGAGGGGGUGAACACCAAGGAGGACGUGUCCUACUACGCCGGCAAGCGCAUCGCUUACGUCUACAAGGCCAAGACCAAGAGCAGCGGCACCACCGUCCGCUGCAUCUGGGGCAAGGUCACGCGCCCCCACGGCAACUCCGGCGUCGUGCGCGCGCAGUUCCGCUCCAACCUCCCCGCCACCUCCAUGGGCAAGAAGGUCCGCGUCUUCAUGUACCCCAGCAGCACCUGAAGGUUUUUUUUUUGCCUAUUCUAUUUAGUUGUAGCUGGCUUCCUGGAUGUCUGUUAUCAGUUUGAUGACAGGUUUAUAACCAAAGAUUUUGGAAAGAGUUUAGUUAAUACUCCCUCUGUAAACUAAUAUAAGAGCAUUUAGAUCACUACUUUAGUAUUCUAAACGCUCUUAUAUUAGUUUACGGAGGGAGUAGAAUGUUAGUUUCAUGUCAUGUAACUCGAAAUGAAGGAUCCAUAAUAUAUUGAUUGAGAUGAGGUUUUCUCAA